AUGAAAUUGAAAAGUCCUUCAACAAGUUACAUCUCUACUGAUCCAGUAGUAAUAGAGACAUUGAAAAGAGCACAAGAAUUACAUUUGGACAUCAAUUCAAAAAAACAUACUAGUCAUUCGAAUAAAUUAUCCUUUUUCAUACAUAAACAUUCUAGUAAUAAACCAUCAUCAACAAGAAAAUAUUCUUUGUCAAUACCAUCAAAGUUAAGUGAUACAACGGGUCAAAAUAUUUCAAAAAAUUUGGAUACAUCACAAAAUCAUCAACAAAAAAUGAAAGAGAAGAAAAAGUUCUCUUUUCGGAAGCUGAUUGGUAAAUUUGAAGAAUCAUCAAAAUCACAUGUAAAUGAAAUGUUAAAUAAAUCUCAUUCCGAUAUACAAAUUGAUUUAAAUAAUCAACAAAUGGAAAGCGAACUAGAAUUUGCACAUAAAUUAAUGAACUCACCAGAAGAAAUGGGUUUAAGUUUAGAGGGCAGAGAUAAUGAAAUUGAAUGUUAUGUACAAACAAUAUGUGAACCAUGUACAUUAAGUAAAAAUGCAAUAAAUUUUGAUCGUUUACUACGUCGUAUUGAUACAACUAAUGCACGUGUAACAACAUUAAUCAAUUUAUGCACUACAGCUAUUUUAGCCUCAGAUAAAACUGCUAUUAAUUUUCUAGUGAAUAGUUUAAAACGUAUGCGACGCAAACAAAAUUUAUUAAUUAAUGAAGCAGAUGAUACAAUGUUGACAUUUUUAAAAGAUCCUCUGAUUUUAUUACGUUCAAAGAAGAAAAAAGUUGGUAAAAAUGAAAGUGGUGUUAAAUUCAGUAUUCAUUAUCCUGAAGAUGACGACGAUGAAGAUGAUGAUAGUGAUGAUGUAGAAAACGAUAUUGAUGGUAAUGGUAAUGUACGAGAAGGCAAUAUUGAAGAUAAAUGUGAAAGUAGUAAAAAAAAUGAGGAGGCACAAAUUCGUUGGGAAAUGAGUAGUAAUCAACUAAGUACUGAUUAUUCCACAAGUGAUAGUGAUAAUGAUGGUCCAACGCCUGAAUUUGUUUUAAAUUUAUCUAAACAAAUACGUAAAACAGAAGGUACACGAUUAAAACAAAAUUUACGUUUAAUCAAUCGUAAAAAAUCAUCAAAUAUGGGAAGUAAAAAAGCAUCAUAUAAUGUCCCACCACCUUUGAAUCCACUUGGACAUAAUCGUAAUGAUUUAUUACGUUCACAUGCUACAGUAGCAAGUGGUCUUUGUCAACAAAGUCAUAAAAUAUCAUCAUCAUCUAUGCUAUCAACAAAUGGAUUACAUAAUACUGAUACAAAAUAUACACCAACAUUACCAUUUAAUUUAUUAAGUUUAACUGGACAAUUAUCAUGGUUAAUUUCAGAAUAUAUUGAACGUGGUAGUUCAACAUAUAAAUGGGCUACAGAAUUAAUUAAUUCAAUUGGUAAAAUGUCUGUUACACGAUCUACAUGGUUAAAUGUACAUCAACAAUUAAGAGAAACAACAGAAUUAUUAUAUUCACAUCGUGAUCAACAAUUAAAAUUAUAUUAUUCAAUUAAUGAAACACCACAAGGUGAAAUUGCAUGGACUAAAUUACAAGCAAUACAUCAAAAUUUAUUAAAUGGUGAUUUAAAUGCUUCGACAAUUACACCAAAUAAUUUAAAAGUAUUAUGUCAAUCAUCAAAACAAUUAAACAAUCAUAAUCAUAAUGAAAGAAAAUUAGUACAACUAUCUUGUUUAUUAGAGAAAAAAUUACAUUUAGCUUAUUUAUGUGAUUUAUUAUUAUGGAAAGCGCAUAAAAUAAUAUUAACUCAAUUAAAUUAUACUGAUGAAGAUAUAGUGAAAUGUCAAUCGAUGGAUUUUCAAAUACGUUUAUUUGAAUUACAAUUAGAUCAAUUAAAUGGACAAAAUUGGUCAACAAAUUUAAUGAAUUAUAUGUUAUGUUGGUUAAAUGAUAUAUGUGAAUGGAAAAAUCAAUUUAAUUUAAAUUCAUCUGAUAUUGAUUAUUUUAUAUGGAAUGAAUUUUAUGUAUUUAAAAAUUCAAUUGAAAAUUUAUUCGAUUUAGUUCAAUCAUUAAAUGCUUGUAAAUUAAUAAGAUCAGCAUUAGAUGAACAAAAUAAUAAUCAUAUUAAUGAUAUGAAUCAAUCAAUUUAUAAUUAUCAUUUAAGUAAUAGUUUAAGUAAUAUAAAUUUAGAUGAUAAUCAAAGUAGAAUAUCAUCAUCAGAUGGAUCAUCAUCUAAAAUACAAUCACAUAAUCGUUUAUCACAUAAUAAUUAUCAUCCACAUCAAUCACAUCAUAGUCAAGGUGAUUUUCGUAUAUUAGAUGCUGAACGUUGUUCAAGAUCAUAUUCAGCAUUAGUUAGACAAAUACAAGAGAAUGCUAUGAAUAAUAGACCAUUAGCUUAUUUUGCUGAACGUGCUUUAUAUGAUAUUGCAGUAGAAUUAGGUUGUACAGUAAAUUGGGAUGAACGAUUUGAUAGUUUAAGUAAAGAAUUAAAAAAUGCAUGGCAAGAAUGGGAAUUAAUUAUACGUGAAAAAAUAGAUCGUGAUUUCUAG